AUCAGCUGGAGGCCCCCCGCCGCCCGGGUCCAGGUGAAGCCAUGGAGGUGUUCCGGAGCCGGCUGCUGGGGAUCUCCGUGGCCGUGGCGCACGGCGUGUUCUCCGGGUCGCUCAACAUCCUGCUCAAGUUCCUUAUCAGUAACUACCAGUUCGGCUUCCUGACGCUCAUCCAGUUCCUCACCAGCUUCACGGCCAUGCUGGCGCUGGAGAGCCUGCGGCGGCUCGGGAGGAUCCAGGUGCCGCCGUUCGGCAUGCAGCUGGCCAAGGAGUUUGCGCCAGUCUGCAUCCUGUCCACGCUGCAGUCCACGCUGACGCUGUGGUCGCUGCGCGGCCUCAGUCUGCCCAUGUACGUGGUGUUCAAGCGCUGCCUGCCGCUCUUCACGCUCUGCAUCGGGGUGUGCGUUCUCCGGAACGCGCUGCCGUCUGUGGGCGUGGUGACCGCCGUGCUCAUCACCACAGGGGGCGCUGUUCUGGCAGGAGCCGGAGACCUCACCGGGGAUCCGUUUGGUUACGUCACCGGGGUUCUGGCUGUAAUCAUUCACGCCUCCUACCUGGUUCUGAUCCAGAAAACCAGUCUGGAGAGCGAGCAUGGACCUCUGACUGCACAGUACGCCAUCACCAUUAUGGCGUCGCCGGUUCUGCUCGUCUGCUCCAUCAUCUCCAUGGACGCUGUCAACAUGUGGUCCUACGCGGGCUGGGAGGAACCGCAGAUCACCAUCAUCUUCAUCCUGUGCAUCUUCAUCGGCUGCGCCAUGAACUUCACCACCCUGCACUGCACCUACAUCAACUCGGCCGUCACCACCAGCUUCGUCGGCGUGGUCAAGAGCAUCGCCACCAUCACGGUUGGCAUGCUGGCCUUCAAGGACGUGGCGCCCACGCGGCUCUUCAUUGGCGGAGUGGUGGUGAACACCAUUGGCUCCAUCACCUACUGCGUGGUCAAAUACUUUGAGACGCAGAAGAAGAGUUUGUACGAGGACCUGGAGAAGGACGCAGCGCAGCCUGGAGACCCCUACACCGAGAAACCACCGCUGAACGGGGAAGGGUCCGCCGCCGGUCCCGAGCCGGGGCCGUCGGAGAGCGGAGACGGGAAGGAGGACGAGGCGCCUCAGUUAUCGAACGGAGCGCUGUCGGUGGAGGGCAGCGCCGGAGGAGACGGUGACCUGAAAUCUGUUGUGAUGACGGAGAGAGAGGCGCUGGAGAUGCAAAGGGAGCACCUCCACCAGGAGAACGCCGCCGCUGGCCGGUCCGCCACCCAGAACCUCGUAGGAGCAUUGAGGUCCAUCAGGAGUCUGCAGCUCACCAAGAAGGAAAAUCUGAUUGAUAACAUAGAACUUCAGAGUCCAUGAGGGCGGGAUGGAGACCCAAAUGGACUCCUGAGCCGAAACAGAAAGGAACUCAGCGGACAUACUGGACAGACCGGACAGACUGAACAGAGACCGGACAGACCGAACAGACCGGACA